CGCCGGGAGACGUAGUUCGUCCCCGCCAGCGUUUUCCCCUCCUCUGCCUCCUUGUCUCUCAGUUCCUGUCCCGAGUGACUUCCCCACGCGGCAUGAACGGGGCGGGGGAGCCCGACCCGGGCGGCGGGGGCUACAAGAGGCGCUACAGGGCCUUGAAGAGGAGGCUCAAGUUCCUGAUUUAUGAGCAAGAAUGUUUUCAAGAAGAACUGAGAAAAGCCCAAAGAAAACUCUUGAAAGUUUCACGGGAUAAAAGUUUUCUACUUGAUCGCCUGCUGCAGUAUGAGAAUGUGGAUGAAGAAUCAUCAGAUUCGGACGCAACAGCAUCCUCUGACAACAGCGACGGGGAGAUGCCCAAGGGAACAGAGCCACAGUCCUUAAAGAGGAAGCGCAGUCCGCAGCUUGGCAGUGCCUCAUCGCCUUCCUCUUCAGGUCUUUCCCUCCAGCCAACAUCUGGCUUUGGCCUCCCAGCUUCAGGGACACAAUCCCCCUACUUAACCUCUCUGGCCUCACCCCCUUAUGCUCCCUUCCCCUCUGACUACUUGGCACUGGGAGCUGAGCCUGGGCCCCCACAGCCUGACACCAACGCUACCCGCUCUGCCCGGCGGCCCCCGAGGCCCCGCAAGCCCAAGCUGCCACUGCCCCCUGCCUCCCCCACUGACUGCUCUCCUGUGGUGGUGGGGCUGCCCUUUCCUUCGCCCCGUGGGACCCCCAAGCUGCCACCGCCCACCAUCCUCAGCACAGUGCCUCACCAGAUGUUCAGUGACGCAGGGGAGGGGAGUGGCGAAGACCCUCUGGAUGGCGACGACGAGCUGGUCAUCGACAUACCCGAGUGACCCCAGCAAGCGGCACUUCCCGUUCAAAGGACACAGGCCUCUCUGGUGCCCCACAAUUUUAUUUCUUGUUUACAGACUCCAAAAAACAUGCAAAACAGUCAAUAAAUGGGAUUUUUUGUAUAAAAAA